UGAUCUUACAACAUGUGAUUAAGUUUCCGAUAGAGGGAAGUAAUUUUAGUGUUCAUUCACAAAAUACCAUCCUUCAAAUUUAUUUUAAAUUCAAAACGAAACUUAAAGUCUUGAUCGGAAGAUAUAUUUUUCCGAAAUUGCAUAAUUUGAUAGGUUUUAUUUAAAUUUGAAAGAUAAAAGAUGUCGGAUUGGCAGAGCAGUUUAUUUGGUUGUUUCGACGAUUUUGGAUUAUGUAUUAUAACGUAUUUUGUGCCAUGUUACACAUUUGGUAAAAAUGCCGAGGCGAUGGGAGAUAGCUGUCUGUGUUGUGGAUUAACUUACAUGUUCCCCAUCGUACACUUGGUGGCAGCAGUUUCAAUACGAGGCCGGGUACGACAAGAGAAGGGCAUUGUGGGUGGCACGUGCGGAGACUUUUUAACCGUUCUGUUUUGUCCAUUCUGUGCACUCGUCCAAGAGGCGAUAGAAGUUAGAGGAGAUCGAUUGUUGAGUAUGGCGAGGGAAUAGACUCAAAACAAAGUUAUAGAUAUGUUUUGAGGUUCAUAGACAUGUGGACUGGUGGACCAUUCCGUAGUACGAACCAACAUGUUUCUUCCAAGGCAGCCUAGUUUAUUUAUAUGUGUCUUAAAUACAGGAUAACUGUAGAUGUAAAAUCUUUUUUCGUGUAUUUCAGCGAAGAAAAAAAAUUUAAAAUACAUACUUUUGAGUGUCGACAUUUUUUUAAACGGAAGUUUGAUAAAUAACUUGGUUCACAUAUAUACAUGUAUAUACUUGUAAAAUA